GUUAUUUGCCGGGCAAAAUGUCGUUUUCUGUUGCUAAUCACAAGAACGAGCUGCUGCUGACCACGCCGAAAAGAAAACAACUCCUUAAGGAUGGCCCGCCCACUGCCAGGAGCCAAAUGCUGGGACGUGGGGCCUAUGGCACGGUUUUCAAAGCUGUCUACAGGGAUCGAUCUGUGGCCGUAAAGAUCAUUCGAGCCCAAGCUGUGUCCACUCUGCACAAUGAAUCCCAUUUGCUAAACCUGCAGCACCGGAAUAUUGUGAGGCUCCUGAAGCUGGAGACCGCCGCAGAGUUUGGCUUGGUCAUCAUGGAGUGUCCCAGAGGACAAAGCCUGCAGCGGAUCGUGGAUAGCUUGGCCCUGCCUCUGAUCCACAGAGUGCUCAUUACCCUGGAUGUGGUGGCCGCUCUGCGUUACUGCCACUCCCGCAAUGUGCUUCAUCUGGAUGUAAAGCCAACCAAUGUAUUGGUUGAACUGGGAACAAAGUCUAAUAUCGAGAAUUUUUCGAAAUUCAAGCGUAGCUACAUCUGCAAACUAUGCGACUUUGGCUCUUCCAUUGAGAUUGGCGAAUUGUGCGCCAAGCAAGGUACCAGAAAUACCAGUGGAACUCUCAGGUACAUGUCCCCAGAAGUGCUGCGAUCGGAGGCUCUAACGGGAGCCUCCGACAUCUACUCCCUGGGCAUCAGCAUGUGGCAAUUGCAGAGCCGUCGAGUGCCCUAUCACCUUCUAGAUUGCAACGAAACCAUUGCCUACCAGGUGGUCAAGCACGAACUGCGUCCGGAUAGCUAUGAAGAGAUGAUAAAUUUGGCCAGGGAUAACACCGCCAUAGAUACUUCAAUCGACUGCGAUUGCACUCCCAGUUACCUCAAUGAAAACACCGGCAAACGGGCGACACCGUCUGCCCGUCGUAAUCUGAGCUUCGAUCCAUCUUACACCGCCGGCCGUGAUCUGAAAAAGAAAGAGCGCCGCCAGAACCGAUUAGCUCUACACUUCGAGGGCCCGGCGCCAGCAGAGGCGACCAGUGCGUGCCUGGAAAACGCUUACACCGAACUAUACAAAAGCUGCUGGGUCAGCGCCCCGGAAUCGCGUUUGGCUUCUGGCCAGCUAAAGCAUGAACUGGAGCACCUUCUUCUCGGCUCAGCCCGUGCCGGUUCGUCGUCACUUGUUUGUAUUUUAUCCCAUUGAUUAGUUAUCAUUUCUGUUUGUAAGAUUUUACCAGGGGCCACUGGUUAGGUCAAUAAUUACUGUAUGUAUGUAUUUUUUGUAACUUCUUUUUUGUUUAUUUGUACUGGCUACGCUAAGAAAAUACAUUUAUAAUGUUUAUAUACGA